AUGCUCCAGUAUUUGGGAUCUCCUAAAGCACGUAUUCGUAGCGCAUGGCCUUCGUAUUUGCCAGUGAUCGAUCGCCUGUUACAUCAGAGACUGUUUCAGGAAGAUAUCCCAGGUCUGCCGUCCCGAAGUCUAUCGAACGGUGCGGGCGUCGACUCAACAGUUCGUAUCUCAUCAUCACAAUCCACAUUGCUUGCGCCAAAACCUGCGAUGCCACCGCCUCAGCUAUCAGUAGCUAAUAGUAUUACACCGCGAAGUAAACUUACAGGUUCAAAUAUGAAGACGCUGCAGCAUUCAGCUAAGAGUGGUUUCAGUCUGAAUGCGUUUUGUUCAGAGCGAUUGAAGGAAAUCGCCGAAAAAGCUGGUGAGUGA